AUGUCGUCAAUGACAAUAGAUCAGUUAAAAAAAUCACUAACAGAACAAGGAAUAUCAUUACCGCCAUCACGCUCAAAAAAAGCCGAUUAUUUGAAGUUGUACAAACAAUACAGCACAAUGAAUGAUUCUCUAGGCGAUGUUUACUCAAGCGAUGAUGAAAACCCUCCAAAAACCGGCAGUCAAAAUGUCACUAGUUCUACAUCACCUAACAAAAAUAAUGUGAUUAAAGAUGUGGAAAUGCUCUCUGAUGACGAAUUAUACCAUCAACUUAAGGAAUUUGAUGCUAAUAUUGGUCCUGUGUUAAAAAAUACCCGGAGAGUUUAUGAAAAAAAAUUAAUUAAGAUUCUGAGUGGCUUAAAUAAUAGUACUAGCGGUAACGUUAAGGAAACUAACAGUACAGAGGCAAAAAACAAAGCCGAAAAUUUUACUCCACCUGUGGAUGAGUUUUCAGACAGCGAUGUUGAAGUAAUAUCACCGUCACCCAUAAAAAAUGACGCGAAAAACAGAAAAGGUUCAGAAUUACGUGAAUCUCCUAAGCCUAGCGUAACUGAGCCAACAAAAUUUGAAACAGAAAAGUCUUACGUGCCAUCGUAUGAACGUAGUGGUCGUAGUACGACACCAGGGUUAUCCAAUGACGCUCCGAAAACAUCACGCUACAGUUAUAUUGAAACAAUACCUAAAGGAUCUAGUUACAGUUAUAUUGAGCAAAGUUCAGAUUUAGAUUUGAGUUCUGAUUUGAGGAAAAGAUUUGCUGAUAGGUAUAAUUCAGAAAAAUAUUCAGAGCCUUUAUAUUCAGAAAGACACAUCAACGACAAACCAAGUUCAGGAGAUAUUUACAAAAGUUAUGAUAAAGUUGAUCACUUCAAGACAGGUUUAGGUAGUCAACUGAAAUUUGGUCUCGAUAAUGAAAACCAAUUUAAAUCUGGGUUUAAUACUGCUGGACAAUAUAAACCUAAUAUAGGAGUAAGCAACAGAAAAAAAUCUGGUAGUGGAUUUGGAGAUCAUUACAUUGGCACUUGGGAGCCAAACAUUAACAGAUAUUUGGGCACAAACACACAAAAGGUGAACUCACAAUGUUCCAACUCUUCCGGGUGGUUAAAGAGUAUAAUUGCAGUUUUAGUUAUACUGGUUACAUUGUAUUUUAUUUAUUACUUAUAUCAACAAUGGUCUACAUUAGAUCCUUACAAAAUGAUUGAAGAUGAUGCAGAAAGAACAAUACAGGAAUUAAACGAAGAAUUGGAAGUUAAUUAA